GGAAAUGUUUCCUCUACUGCAACGGGCUCAUGGACCAUCUGUACGUCUGCCAGAACGGCAACGGCUGCACCGCCUGAAAAAAAAACCCUGGUAGGGGUUGCAGGGAUGCCUUUGUGAAGAUCACACGCUAUGAGGGCAUCAGGUCUCUGUGGAGCGGCUUGCCCCCCACCCUGGUCAUGGCUGUGCCAGCCACCGUCAUUUAUUUCACUACCUACGACCAGCUCCGGGAGUACCUGCAGGCUCGGACGGGGAGCCGGGGCCCCCACAUCCCCUUGCUGGCUGGAGCCCUCGCCAGGCUGGGUGCCGUGACGGUCAUCAGCCCCUUGGAGCUCAUCCGCACCAAGAUGCAAUCCCGGCAACUCAGCUACCGGGAGCUGGGCGUCUGCAUCCGGUCGGCAGUGGCCCAGGACGGCUGGCUGUCCCUCUGGAGGGGCUGGGGACCCACCGUCCUACGAGGCUGUGGGGAGAUAGGGGG